UCGACCAAUCAGAGCGCCGCUUUAUUAUGACACCGCGGGAUUCCGCGAAAUAGUUUCUUGGAGUUGAGAGAAGUGCAGCUCGGGCUGAAUCAGGACAAGUUGACGCAUGUGGGAGCGAACAGAGGCAGAAUCACAGCGGACACGAUAGCUGCGUCCUGGAAAGCUCCCGUUCAUCGACCCGUCUCUUUGGGGAAACGAAAGGAUCAAGAGGAAGAAGGGGAAGAAGAGUGAGGACGAUUGACACGUCUGUUUUUCCUGGAGAGCUGUUUAUUUGUCCGCCUGCAGCAGAAGACGCAGCCUGAGCACAGUCACAUUGAAGCGGACACGUGUGGAUGGUUGACCACAUGUCUCCUGGGAGGACCGAUCGCAUCCCUGUUGCCCCCCAGUUGUUUUAAUACGGGAUCUACUUCCUGCAGAUUUAACACUCAGGCUUCUCUCUCUCCGGCCGGUUGUGCCUCAGUGAUGUCGGAGGUCGACAUGUCCGCAGAGUGUGUCUCCACCGGCCGAGAACCGGGCCGGACAGAGGACAUGUUGAUAGAGAACCAGGAGAACAGGACGUUGCUGAUGGUGGCGAUGAUUUUAUUGGACUUGAACAAAUGUAACCCCGCGGCUGCCGGUAGGUGUCUCGGGGGCACUGACGCCGGCCCGCUGGAGAAGGUGGAGAGGGCCGGCUGCCGGCUGGGGGCCGGGGACGGACGGAGCUCGGUGGCCCCCAAACAGUCCCGGGACAAAGCGGCGCGGAGGCAGGAGUCUCCCGAGAAGAGACACUGCUGCCCCUUCCCCGGCUGCGGGAAGGUGUACGGGAAGUCGUCCCACCUCAAAGCCCACCUCAGGGUCCACACCGGUGAGCGUCCCUUUGAAUGUACCUGGCCAGACUGUGGCAAGAAGUUCUCCCGAUCAGAUGAGCUGACGCGGCACUAUCGCACGCACACGGGCGAGAAGCGCUUCAACUGUCCAAUGUGUGACAAGUGCUUCAUGAGGAGCGACCACCUGACUAAACACGCCCGGCGACACGCAGGCUUCCAGCCCAGCAUGCUCCAGGGCUCCAGCGCCGCCAAGAGACGGCGCUGCUCCACUUCUGUGUCGUCUGAUUCUGGAGACCAAAGCCCUGCAGGGGUGUGAGACACACCCACAUACUGUACAUACAUAUAGGUACACGUAGUAGAAUCCGAGGCAUACACAAACAUGCACACACCCUAACGUGUGGCGUGUGCACCUACACACAAAUCCUUUCCAGACAGACAACCCAACCUGCCAGACCACUAUCCAGAGAGUUCCUGUGCAGGAACCAGUGUGCAAAACAGUUUCAGCCUGACUGUUCUCAAAAUCCAGUUUCCCCCUCUUAUUCCCUGAGAUGACUGCUAUUUAUUAAAGGUUAUUCAGGGUCAAUCUGACAGGUCGACUUGUUUCACCUUUUGCAAUAAUUAAAUUUGUUUUCUGUGUCUAUUUUUUUUCCACUGUCGGGGUGGAAUCCAUGUACAUAUACCCACAGUCGUUUUCAUAAACACUACAUGUUUUCACGUUGCAUCAUCUCCUUUGUAGUAGAAAACAACAGGAAAACAAGUCGACUUAAUCUUCCGACUGAGAUAUUCCCACGAUGAUUUGGGAAAAGUCUUAAAGCGAACGCUAUUGUUGCACACGCAAACACACACUUACACUUGAACAGUUAUUCUCCAGACCAGAACAAUUGUACAGUAUAGCAGCGAUAUCCUGUAAAUAGAUGAAACUAACUUCCAGACGGAUGAUAAGCUCAGUAUCCUGUAGUUAGGUGGCAUUAGAGAGUAAUAGGACAAAGCUAUAAUAUAGAGACUUGCAGAGUCAGGUGAACUGUGAGCCUGUAGGUGUAGACAGAGUGGGUCCCGCGUUGAAACGUCAAUGUUGUCACAGCACGAUUAAAUAACACUGCUCAUAACACACAGGCAAAUAAAAGUCAUCUUUUGUGUUGCUUAAUCAGACUUGAGUUGUGUCGGUGGUGCAGCGAAGCACUACAGGGUAAAAGUGAAGCGGUUACUUUCUCUCUCUUCCGGGUUCAGACCACAGUGAUCAGAGUGUGGAGCAAGAACGCCUGUGCCUUUUUUAAGGGUUUUUGUAGCAGAGAGAAAUUUCUACAUUUUCAACUUUUGGGGAAAAACUACAUGAACGAACAUUGUCAGAUUCUUUCCGUUGAUGUUCAUCACCCUGAAUAUCAGCGGCUGUCUUUUAUACACACCAACAGUGCCAGUUGCUGUACAUUGAAACUACGUUUUGUUUACUCUGUAACCGUACUGCAUAUUAUCAGGGAAUAAUAAUGUGACGCACUGUCCUUUCAGUUUAAACUACACCCCCUGGUGGUGAUGUGGAAGCACAACAUUUCUCAUAACAGAAAAUCAAAACAACAUUUUUUUUUAUUCCCUGUCCAAGCAUUUUAAGGCAGGCUCUCGUGAUUAUUUAGUCUGUGAAUCAAUGAAUUCCAUCAUGUAGCAUGUUUGUUUGUAUUUGUUUGGUACAAUGUUUUUAUUUUUUAUUUGUCUUGUUAUCUUUUAUAUUGUUACUAAUGGGAUAAGAGGUCUUAUUCGUCCACCACAUUGUCGAUGUCAUUCGUUUUAUUUUUAUACAUAAUGCAUUCAUCAUCCAAAUAGAGUGUGGAGUUAGGUGUAUGCUCACAGAACCCAAACUACUUACAUUUGUUAAAGUGAAAUGCUGUUUGUUUGUUUGUUUUCUCUCUCAUAACCUUGAUAAGAUGUUGGUGCCUUUCAGGUCAGAGCCUUUUCUUCUGAUGCUACUGUGCUGUAAUCAGGGACUGUCAAUCCAGAUCCCAUGUUAUUGCAAUAUACACACUGUAGCUGUGUGAUAAUUACUGCUCAAAAGGUUUUAACAUUAAAAUGAUUUUUUCUUUUCAAA